AUGGAUUUGCCACCACAGUACCCGUCGGCUGCUUCAUUUGCCACCGCUUCUUUCACUCAACCAUCAUCUUAUGCAGCUCAAUACACAUCACAUAAUGACAUUCCCGAACCCUCUAGUUCUGCUUCGCCGCCACCGGGUGGAUCUAUUAUUGAUGCAAGGAAAGGAAGUUGGAAUCUGGAGCCAAGAUCAAUAUCUCCGAUGGAUCUUGCCCGGAAAGAAUUG